AUGGACAGACGGUCUCAACCUCCUCCUCUUCAACUUGAACCUCAUUCUCAACAUUUGGCUCCUGGAGAGCCAUCACGUCCCCCUCGAUCACCGCUCAGACCUCGUCCUCGACGAGCGAACAGUUUCGACCAAUCUCAACGAAAUCGGGCCGACUCAACUAUCAGUCUAGAAGGUUUGCAACAACUUCGUAACGCUCUGCAAAUUUUCCGAAACAGCUUGAGGACUCAAAACGAAGAGACUACAGAGAGGGAAGCGAUCGGGGAUAGAGAGAGGGAGGGACAGGUUGUAAAUUUACCAAUUUAUUGGCCAGGUCAACCGUCUCCACAAAGAUCGCCAUCACCUGCAGCAUCCGACAUGUCUCUCGCUGAUCAACGUUCAGCACGUAGACUGCUCGACUCUUUGCUCCAAGAACUACGCCCUCAUGACGAAUACGUAAUCUCACCAAGAGUCAAGUCGGUGAGGAGGGAUGGACAUCAGAGGGCGCAUAGUUUGCCAUCGUCGGUCACUUCCAGUGGCUAUGCGGGGGAAAGUGAAGGGUCUAAAAAUCAUUCAACCCUGGUUUCUAGUUUGUCACCGGAUAGAAGGAGAACGAUGAGUUAUACGACAUCAGAACCGAUGGUGGACGAUCAACCUAGGCCUAGUGUAUCGAGGGAGUUAGGAUGGUUGGCGGGCAAAAUCACACGGUCUGCUUCCGGGCCUAUGAGAGAUCAUAGUGACGAGUUGGAUCAAGAGGAGGAAGUGUCCCCCAUUGCAGAAGCACCACCGAUUGUCACACCUACGAUACAAGUUGUGGAACCACGAUUGUCAAGCUUACCACCGCCUCCUCUUGAAUCACCUCCGACAAGUCCUCCAGGGACCUCGCCAACAAGUCCGUCAUCGAGUUCACCUACGACUUUCCCUUCACAGCCCCCAGAAGUCCGUGUGACCCGACCAUCUCUUUCACUGUCGGAAUCCUCCUCUUACCCCACGGACGGAUCUUCCAAACAUGCUCGUCCUUCCCUGUCGCAAAUUCAAACCUCACCGGUUCCAGUGAUCCAAGUCACACCUUCGCGGACCUCGGGUAUGCACCCGUUCGCAGCUGUAGUAGCUAUGAUGGAAAACGGUGAUUCCCCAACUCGUCGGAGGGCUUCGGCGGGCAAGAUCUCUCCAAAGGGCUCAUUGACAAGUUUGAAAGAAGGGACGAAAAAGCUGGAAAAACCCCCACCGAGUCCGAAAUUGGACAAGGGUAAGGGGAGAGAUCCAGGAGAAACGCCUGGGAGAAAACAGACACCGCGACGAGCUUACAUAGGUCCAGGUGGGGUAGUUGACCGCAUAAGAUCAAAAGGCUCUUUACCUAAAAUACAUACCUCGCACGAUUCGACCUUCAAGCUGAAUCCACCUCCCACGCCACCAAUGACCUCGACACCUAUCACAGCUACAUCUGCCACUUUUCUUAGACCUGCCCCUGCUACUCCUCUCCCUAUGAAAUUUGUUGGUCAGAGAUACGCUCUCUCCUCUUUGAAUACGACACCUACCUCGUCUACGGCUCAUUCGCCACUACCGAUGUUCGCUCCGACUGAAGGAAGUCGGUUUUCCAAUGGACCAGUCGGGGAGGGUAUGGUGGAGAUUCCGAGGUUUAAGUUGAAGGAUCUGAAUUUGGGGAUUGUUAGAAGAUACGGGAGAGGUUCGAGAGUUGCGUGGAUCGGUUUAUGGGGAUUGUGCAUAUUCAAUGGACUGAUAGGAUUGCUCUUUGAUGUUAAUGUCAUUUACAUGCUAAUUCAAUGUGCUAUACAUCCAUCCCUUGAUUCCCACUCUGCGAGUUGGUCUUUUGCCGUUGCGGCAUAUGCUGUGUGUUGGGCGAUUUCUUUGGCGGUGUGGCUUUGUUGGGAAUUAGGUUAUGAAUUUUAUCGUCGUUGGCGUCUUCCCCGACCUGCCAUCGAACCGAUCUUCUUCUCCUACCCUGCAUCUUUAUACCUCUCCCUUGUCUCCUAUCCCCAUUUCACAUUCCUAUCUCACAUACGUCUUUCCUCUCUCGGAACCAUCACCUCCCGGGAUAUCAUUCCUGAGACUUUUCAUUUCCUUAUCCAAAUCGGACCUUCCCUCUUACCUCUUCUCCCCCGUGCGGCACUGUCCAUAGUCCUUCUCCUCUUCUACUCCUCCUCAUCACCCCCUUCCACACCUUUAGAUUCUUCAAAAGACUCUCAUUUCUUCACUUCAACCGGUCAACUCACUUCUUAUGCUCGAGGUGUUCUCCUGACGUUUGACGCCUGGGUUGCAAUCCGACUUGUUAUCGUCCUAUCUUCCAUCAUAGGUCUAUGGUUAUCUUCUUCCAAACCAUUAGGUGGUAUCUUCCGAAAUAAGAGUUUCUCCAAGAAAGAACCAACGACACCACGUAGAAAAGCAAAAUCUUCACUCCCUCCACCAAGAGAUCCUAGCGGUACGAAAUCCCCCCAGAAAUCAUGGUACGAAGCUGAAAACGAAUUUCAUUUCGUUUGGCGAGACAGGACCAGAUCAAGGAUUCAAGAUGCUUUUGAAUUAUGUUUAAUCAGACCUGGUAGAAAUGGAAGUACAACAGGUAUCGGUAUAGCAGGUGAUUUCGCUUGGGCAGCUAGAAGAUCACCUACUCCCGGUACACCAAAUACACAUUUUACAUCAAAUACCCAAAAUAACCAAAAUGUACAUUUGGCUCAAAACUCACACAACACACAUAAUAUUCAUUCUUCAAAUAAUCAACCAACAUCUUCCUCUUUACUCAAUUUACCCACUUCGAAUCAUCACGUAACAAGAAAUUAUACUCAAGGUCGUUCACCAUCCGCCGCACCACUUUUAGGAGAAGAUAAUGGAGAUGGAUUAGAAGAAUUGAUAGCUGCUGAUUUAAAUCUUCAAAAGAAUGAUAAGAAUGAUAUCAAGUUUUCCCCUUUAGAUCGACCAAGACCGGAAAGUAUGUUAUUACCACGUAAUACACCACCUAGGUCUGAAAACGUUACAGCAUCAGCAGGAAGUAGUAAAACGGAUUUAUUUUAUACACCUAUUGCUACACCUAUCCGUACGACACCUCAUAGCGAAGAUACGAAUAAUCCUAUCGAUCAACAUCCUUCCUCAAUACCCGCUUCAAGUACAAGCGAUAUAAUAACGAACGAAAACCAAGCUCCUCCAUCUGCUUUCCGACCACUACAUCAUUCUAAUCAUCCGAUCUUAUAUCCUAUCACCCCACCACACAAUGAACACAACAAUGAAACGAAGAUCGUCGAUAAACUUUCGGACGAAGGUGUGGAUAAGAGACGUUAUGAUGAUGACAAAAAGAUACGAUCAAGAUCCGACUCUACAUAUUCAAAAAUAUCUGACGAAAUGACAGAUUCACCUAAUACAUCAAAAAGAAGAUCAUCCGUUUCUUCUCCAGGACACGUAUUGAACAGAGCUAGAUCAACUAGUAUUGGUCUACUUCGAAAGACAGCUCACGAAGGUGGAGGUUUGAUAAGACGUGUAAGGAGCGGGACGGUGGGUAGUGGAUAUUCUCAAGUUGAUGAUGAUGAGCAUGAUGAAUCUCCUGGAUUAAGGGUGAGAACAUUGGGUAAAAGAAGGAGUAAUCUUGGACUUGGGAUACCAGGAGGUGGAGUGAUAGAUGAGAUGAGAGCGAGCACUUCGUAG